AUGGCUUCACAACUGGUAUGGUUUUGUGUAGGGGCGCUGUUGUGCUGUUUAGCGAAUGUUGCCCACACAACCCCAAUCGAUACGGUGACGGCACAUAAUCCACUACCAGUUCCGACGGUAACGGAUGCCUCGACCACCCUGGGUACGAUCCUUCCGACCAAGGGCGGUGAGAUGACGAGUUCUACCGAAACAAGCAAGAUGUCCCGGUUCCUUGACGACUUCACGUCCGCCUUCAAGCAGGGUACGGCCAAGAUGAAGGAGAGUCUGGAAAAUGCGGCGAGCUCAGUGAAGGACGGCGUACUGCAGGGGUACGACUACGUGCGCAGCAAGCUGACCGGCACCGGCACGGAGUUGUCCACACCGAGCACUUCGGUGGACGACACGCACGUGGACAGUUCCGGAGCGACAUCGACCGCCGCAGCACUCACCUCGGGCACACCAUCAACCGAACGUCCUGCAAUCAGUGCCGCGACAGGCGGCGUCUCGUCCACCGACACCAAGGACGAGCUGACGGUGCACGGUGGCGUGGUCGGUGUGUCUAACGAGCCGGCGCGCAUCGUACCGAACGACGAUGACGACGACGAGCGGAUCUUCUUCAACGAUAAGGACUACCCCACCGCGCUGAAACCGCUCGAUGGCAGCGAGGACGAACGGGACGUCACGGAGUCCCCGGUCACGACGACGGUCGCUGUGGACAACCGAUUCAUCAUUGCCGGCCCGUUGGCGUGCAAAAGCGGCCAGGAGGUGGUAAACGGGAAGUGUCGAAAUGUGUUCUGA